AUGACGCAAUCUCUGAGAUUGAUAGCAUUUCUCUGCCUACUUUUUCCAUUGCUGGUUACAUCAAGUGAAAAUUGGCAGGAUAGUUUUAAAGACCCUGCUGAGGAAUCUUCUCCUGAUGAAGAAGCAAUCAUGGAGCGACGUUGGCAGCUGGGCUAUGAAAACUGGCGUCUUCGAUGCGAGAAAUUCGAAGCGGAGGAUAACCAGACAUCUCCUAUAAACACUCGAAUAGCUGGCGGAGAACUGGCUACAAGUGGCAUGUUUCCAUAUCAAGUGGGUCUGGUUAUUCAGCAGAGUGGUAGCGAUCAGGUAAAGUGUGGUGGUUCACUCAUCACCCUUCAAUUUGUUUUGACUGCAGCCCAUUGUUUGACCGAUGGCAUUGGGGCAAAGAUUUACUUGGGCGCCACAAGAUUCGCCGAUGUGCAAGAUACCGCCCAAGAGUUCGUGGUCACUCAUCGAGAUUUCAUCGUCCAUCCUGGAUACUUGGGGUUCGGGGGAUACAAUGAUUUGGCUUUGAUACGAAUGCCUCAGAAAGUCAUUACUUCGGAUAGAGUGCAACCUAUAGAGCUCGCUGGCGAGUUUAUGCAUCAAAACUUUCUCGAGGGUCAAGUGGUGACCCUUUCGGGCUGGGGCAGCUUGGGAGAUGCGGGGAAAGAGACCCGACUUCUUCAGUACUUGGAUGUGGAGGUGAUCGACCAGGAACGCUGCAUCUGCUACUUCUUGCCAGGAUUGGUUAGCCAGCGACGUCACCUGUGCACCGAUGGACGAGACAGACGGGGUGCCUGCAACGGCGAUUCCGGUGGGCCAUUGGUUUACCAAUGGCGCAAUGACAGCUACCUGAUCGGGGUCACCUCGUUCGGCAGCGCCGAGGGUUGCGAGGUGGGGGCACCCACUGUCUACGCCAGGAUAACCACAUAUUUGCCAUGGAUCCGACAGCAAACGGCAAUGGCCAACUAA